AUCUUUGUCCCUGCUCACCCAGGCCCACAGAAAUCGGGACACAGUCAAUAACCCCCAAAAUCAAUCAAGCACUGUUGAUGAGGUAAAAUUAUGAAUUAUCACCCUCGUCGGCGGUGGCCUUAUAUCGCAUGUGACCAGAUGGUCAAAGAACAAUGGGCACUGGCAUGAAGAUGAGGUGGUCAAGCAUGAUCUCUGGGAUGAAGUCCGCCCUUUAUUUCCCCUCUGCUGAAAUAUAAGAUGUUGAAAAUAGAUCUUCCGAAACCAAACAAUCAGUCUAUUAAUUGUACACUUUUCUGCCAUAAACUUUGAAUUUUAUUUGCCCCCCCUAGUCCCAUGCUGUGGAUACUUGAGCGUGUCGUACCCAAGGGAGGCUGUGUUGUUGCUCCAGUCAGCUGCUGCAGUGGAUCAGUCAGCUGCAUUUAUUUUUGAGGUAGUGCACGGAGAGAGAGAGAGAGCCUUGAGGAGAGUCUUGCCCCAGUGUGCAAGUGUCAGAUCUUCAAGAUGCAGCGCAUCUACAUGCACAGCCAUGAGCACUUUGAAGUCUUCACCACCGUCCUUGCUCCACAAGGGAGGUAUCGAUACAGAGCAGGAGCUGAGAAGAUGGUGGUGGUGCACAGCUACAGGCCCCACUGGCCAGACGAGCUGGAGCUGUCCCUGGGUGAUGUCAUCCUGGUGCUGUCCAAACACGAGGAGGAGAGGUGGUUUGGGCGGAGGCAGCACGGCCAGCAGGGCUACUUCCCCGCCUCCUGUGUGAUGGAGCUGAGCCAGCUGCGACUUCCUCCCAAAGGCCAGCAGAGGAGUCUGUCUGUGAGAACCUCAGCGUGGGACAACGACUCAGGUGUACGCAGUCGAUGUGGAAAUGGACACAUUCUGCAGGCGCUCAAGAGGGGGAGCAGAGGAGGUGGUGGAGGAGAGGGAGCAGCAGCAGCAGCAGCAGCAGCAGCAGGAGGAGGGGGAGGAGGAGGAGGAGGAGCGGUGCUGGAUGGGGGCCACGUUGAGAGGAAGGACCCCGUCCUGCAACACAGGCCCCACAUCCCUCUGCCUCAGCCUGCGGCCUCCCAACCUCAGACGCACAGAUCCUCGGGCCUGUUCCACAGGAUUUUGUCCAAGUGCCGCAAAAAGAGUGAAUGCCAGGGAGCCACCAAUGGCGCCUUUGAGGGCGACUAAGAGGCCCUCCUCUUUGUGCACGGUGGCUAAGCCGAGUUCACCGUGGCGGGGCUGCUAUAGCAGGGGGUUGCUGGGUGGGCAGAGAAGCUCCUGAAAAGUAUCGAAGCCAGGCCUCGAGCAUCCUGAUGUGAGCAAGUGUUGUUGUCACAUCAGGUGUUCUUGACUUGGCUGCGUCGCAAGAAAACAAGAGGGUCAGAUACACCCCGCUGCAAAUAUGUACACACAAGCCACCAAUUAAUGGCGUCACAGGAGGUGUUUUGCCAAUCGCAUGCGAUGGACGGUGCCUGCUGUGACAUCACUGAUGGGGGCGGGACCAAGGGUGCGACAUGCCUGUACAUUUUGAAUGGGCAGCAGCAGGUUUGUCAGCACGAUAACAUCCCAUGCCAGAUAUAUGCUUAGGGAAAAAAUAUAUAAUCACACAAUCACUGCUGUUUUAAAUGUGGAAACGAGUGAAGUAAUGAGCAAUUUUUCAUAAUUUGUGCUACUUCCUCUGCUCAUGUGAAUCUGUGUCUAUGUAUAUAUGUAAUUGGCUGCAUAACAUCCAAGCUGUAAUUAUCAUUAUUAUUAAAGUAAUAAA